GUGCUCGACUACCGCGCGGGCGACGUGCCCGAGGCCCAGCAAUCCAUCGAGGAGGUCGGCGACGAGGAGAACGCGUUCCUCAAGUUCCUCCGCGUCUCCUUCGUCCGCUACUACCUCUGGCUCCUCUUCGACGCCGCGCUCGUCGCCGGCGGUUUAGCGGCCGCGGACGCCGCGGCGCGGCGGCUCCUCCGCGCGGACCUCUUCGGCGCGCGCGACGACGACGCCAGCGCCGCGACCAAGAAGGACGACCCGGAGGACGAGCGGCCCGCGGCGAACGGGCGGCAAUGGGCGCCCACGUUGCGCUUCGCCUUUGCCUUCGCGGGCCUGGUGCUCGUCUUCUACGCCGCGCUCGAGGUGUCCUACUACUUCGAGGCGGCCUACGACGACACGGACUGCGUGCCCAAGUGCCCCGCCGUGCCCGGCGAUCUCGACGCCUACGACACGCUCCUCGUCGGCGACUCCGUCUCGGGCCAGUACGCGGCCGCGGCCGCGGCGCUCGCGGCGCCGAACGCGAAAGUGUACAAGGCCGACGCCUACGCCGACGGCUACUGCGGCACGUCCUACGGCCUUUUAGCAUGCGUCGACGGCUGGCUCGGUGCGACGAACUGGAGCGUCGUCCACUUCAACUGGGGGCUCCACGACGUCGCGCCGCGAUUGUACGCCGAGGUAACGGACUACGGCGGCAACCUCGACGCGCUCUACGGGAAGAUCCGGAGCGCCCUGGGGCCCAACGGCACGGCCAUCUGGGCGACGACGACGCCCGUGCCGCCGUCCUACGACCCGGACCUGCGGACGAACGCGGACGUCAUAUCGGCGAACGCCGCCGCCGCGGACCUCUUCGGGCCCACGGGAAAGUACCCGGAGGUGGUCGUCAACGAUUUGUACGGCCACCUCGUCACCAACUGCGAGGCCUACGCGGCGACGGCCUGCUAUCCAGAAACUUGCGACUGCGCGCGCGUCCAGGACGACGGCGUCCACCUGUCGUCCAUCGGCGCGCGGUUUCUGGGCGUCGCGGUCGCGGCGGCGGCGGCGCGCGCCGCGGGCGGCGGCGGCGGCGCCGCCGCGGACACGGCGGCGGCGCCCGACGACCCCUGGUGGGACGCCGUCGCGCCCUGGCAGUACGCGCUCCUCGCGCAGCUCGUCGCCGCGGGCGCCGCGUGCUUCGCGGCGCGCGGCGCGCGGCGCCGCGGCAAGCGCCUCGCCCCGGGCGACGCCGACGACUACACGCCGCUCAAGCAGGGCGUCGACCCCUACUACGGGAGCUCGCGCGCCUAG